AUGCAUGAAGAUGAACCAUUGCCAUCAUAUCCAGGAAAUGCCAGUACAACCAAAGUAAACGAAGCCAAUAGAUCAAUACCCCACAAUAAGACAAGUAAAGAAGAAACAAAAGAACCACCAUCAUAUUAUUAUCCACCAAUUGGUGAAAUACCAUAUUAUUUUCAAGAAAUAAAUUUGAAACAUUGGAAUGUAGUUAUAAACACAAGAUAUUUUUCAAAUGGAACAAUAUUUGUUGGAAAUAAAUCAAUAAAUAAAUAUGAAUUAUUUAAAACUAAACCUAAUGAUUUAAAAGUUAUGAAGCUACAAAAUAAAGGAAUUGGUGUACCAUUAUUUCAAAUUAAACCUUCACUGAAUCUUAUGUCUUCUAAAUAUUUAACUUUUUAUAAACAUUUAUCAUAUCCUCUUUCGACUAAUUUCAAAUUUGAUGUAAAAAAUAAGUAUUUUAAUUAUUGUACGGUUGAGAAAUCAGAUCAUUUAGGUUAUACUUCAUACGUCUUUAAUUUCACUCCAGAUUCAUCUUCAUCAUCAUCAUCAUCCACAACAAACUCAAAUUUUCAAGUCAUUUUAUUUUCUCAUUCAAUUUUACCAAUUAAUGAUUUUAUAUAUAAAGGUAAACGACUAAGAUGGAUAGAUGAAAGUAAUAAACCAUUUUUUAAAAGAUUAAAUCAAGUUAAUUGGGGGUAUAAACUAACAACACUUAAUUCUAAUCAACCAUCUUUAUGUGAUAAUUGGGAUGAUGUUGUUCAAUCAGAAUAUUAUGGUGAUUCAACUAUUGCAAUCUUAGGUGAAGCUCAAUCAGAAUUUGAAUUGGGUAAAUUAAGAUUAGCUGAAUUAAAAUUUAAUGAUAUUUAUAAUAAUGAUAAAAAUGAUAAUUCUAUUGAUUAUAAUAGUUUGUAUUCAUUAAAUGAAGAAACUUUAGUUUUUAUAUGUAUUGCUACAGUGCUCAAGAAUGAAAAAGAUAAAUUUGAAGAAAGGAGAAAAGUUGCACGUAGUAAUAAUAAAUUUGCUUCUUCUUUAGGUUUAACAUUAAUGCCUGGUAUUCCACAGUAG